AUGGUUUAUUAUCUUGUGGUACUCCUCAGCGUUUUAGUAACAAGCGAGUGCUCGAAUUGUAAGUUGUGUGAAGAAGGAAAAUGCAAAGAAUGUGAACCAACGUAUACGAUGUUUGGAGACGAGUGUAUUAAGGGGGAAAGUGUUCUAGAUCGAUGCGUUGAAUACGAGUCAACGAAAUUUGGGUGUAAAAAGUGUGUCGAGGGUUUCACCCCUUCUGUGAAUGGGCUUUGUCUCCAAUGUACCCACGUAUUUGGUGUUGAUUGUCUUGAGUGCGAACAAACAUAUUCUACUCAGUGCUCGAAAUGUAAACAAGGGACUGUCUUAACUCGGGAAGGUGCCUGUAUAUUCUGUUCUAAGUAUUUUACAUAUUGCGAGGAGUGUGAUGGACAAACAAUGCGAUGUUUAAAGUGCAAGAAUGGGAAAAGUCCUGCGACGGGCUUUUGUUAA